CUCAAGUCACGGAAGUGUCUACCAAUGAUGUCCAUGUUUUUUUUGUAUUUUUUUUUUUUUUGUAUAUACCUUCAAUUUUUUUUUAAUUUCUUAUAUUUUUCUUCUUCUUCUUCAUUCUUUUUUUUCAUUCGAAAAAAUUAGAUUAUAAACCAUUUAUAUUUUUUAAAAAAAGAUUUAAACCAUGAGAGAGAUUAUUCACGUUCAAGCUGGUCAGUGUGGUAACCAAAUUGGUCAAAAGUUCUGGGAAACUAUCUCACAAGAACAUGGUAUUGAUACCAACGGUAAUUACGGUGGUGAUAAUGAUCUUCAGUUGGAGCGUAUCAAUGUCUUUUAUAAUGAAGGUUCUCAAGGCAAAUAUGUCCCAAGAGCUAUUCUUGUGGAUCUCGAACCUGCCACGAUGGAUGCAAUCCGUGGUAGCCCUUACGGUAAAAUCUUUCGCCCUGAUAACUUUAUCAAUGCUCAAUCUGGUGCUGGUAACUCCUGGGCAAAGGGAUAUUAUACAGAAGGAGCAGAGCUUGUAGAAUCUAUCAUGGAUGUCAUUCGUAAAGAAGCAGAGAAUACAGAUUGCCUUCAAGGUUUCCAACUUUGUCAUUCCCUUGGUGGUGGUACAGGUUCUGGUCUGGGUUCUCUUUUACUCUCCAAGAUUCGUGAAGAAUACCCCGAUCGUAUUUUGAGUACCUACUCUGUUGUACCCUCGCCUAAAGUAUCCGACACUGUUGUUGAACCUUAUAAUGCUGUAUUAUCCGUUCAUCAAUUGGUUGAAAAUUGUGAUGCCACUUUUUGUAUUGAUAAUGAAGCUCUUUAUGAUAUUUGCUUUAGAACUCUCAAAUUAACUAACCCUGGUUACGGUGAUUUAAACCAACUUGUCUCGGCUGUCAUGUCCGGUGUCUCCACUAGUCUUCGUUUCCCUGGUCAAUUAAACUCUGACUUACGUAAGCUUUGUGUCAACAUGGUUCCCUUCCCUCGUCUUCAUUUCUUUAUGGUUGGUGUAGCUCCUCUCACUGCUUUUGGAUCUCAACAAUAUCGUAACUUGAGUGUUCCAGAGUUAACAGCUCAAAUGUUUGAUGCACGUAAUAUGAUGGCUGCAUCAGAUCCUCGUCAUGGUCGUUAUUUAACUGCCGCCACUAUCUUCCGUGGUCGUCUUUCCACAAAGGAAGUUGAGAACCAAAUGUUGGCUGUUCAACAAAAGAACUCUUCUUACUUUGUUGAAUGGAUUCCUAACAGUGUCAAGACUUCUCUUUGUGAUAUUCCUCCUGUUGGUCUCAAGAUGUCUGGUACAUUUAUUGGUAACAGUACUGCUAUUCAAGACUUGUUUAAGCGUGUCAAUGAGCAAUUCACAGCCAUGUUCAGAAGAAAGGCUUUCUUGCAUUGGUACACAGGUGAAGGUAUGGACGAAAUGGAGUUCACUGAGGCGGAGUCUAAUAUGAACGAUUUGGUCUCCGAAUAUCAACAAUAUCAAGAAGCUACUAUCGAUGAAGAUUAUGUUGAGGAUGAAGAGGAUUAUGUAGAGGAAGAUGAUGUUUUGGAAGAAUAAGAGUUUCUUUUCUUUAUGCUGUUUUCUCUUUUUUUCUACCAAUAUCCCCCCACACACAACAUCCUUUCUCUCUCUCUCUUGUUUAAUUGUCAAAAAAAAAAAAA